AUGGAAGAUAACAAAGCACCCGAAGCACCCAGUCCUUGUACUGCCGGAUGUGGAUUUUAUGGCAACAAAAUUUAUAAUAAUAUGUGUUCAAAAUGUUUUAAAGAAUUAGAAAAGAAUAAUAAAGUCGAAAUACCACAAGAGAAUAAAGACGUGAUAAAUACAGUUCAACCUAGCCAACACCCCACAGAAUCAUCAACACCAUUGUCGUCAUCAUCAUCACCAUCCUUACCACUAGAACAAAAGAACAAAGGACGAUGCUUUUCUUGUCGCUCCAAGAUUCCAAUCUCCAAACAAUUAACAAACAAGUGUCGAUGUGAACUUGUAUUUUGCGAUACUCAUCGUUUCCCAGAUAAGCAUGAUUGUCAAUAUGAUCAUGCAAAGAAAGAUAAAGACAUUUUAGCCAAGAAUAAUCCAAAAAUAAACGAAAGACCACGCGGUGGUAACUCAUUUCAUCGUAUUGAUAGUCUUUAA